CCUCCUUUAUUUUUCUUUCUUUUGGACACGUAACUAAAAAAAGAGAUGAGUUCAUUAUUGUUACCUACCGUGUAUCUCGGUGGCUGUAUUGCUGCCAUGAGUGCCUUUUCGUAUGUUUACCGUCGAGCCACAAACAUGACUUCCUUUGAAGCUUGGUUUCCCAUCAAUGUAGAGAAAGAACAAUACAUUGCUUUAUUGAAUAGCGAACCUGCUGUUCCUGAAUAUCAUUUACGAGCAGCGCUUUUACGUCGCGCGAUGGAAGCCGUGCGUCGUUUAGUGCAAGUGCAACAAGAGAAACCUGCUUUGCAGCAGUUGAUGAAGACGGGUAGCAUAGGGGAUGAUCUUUGGCGUGAAUUUAGUGCGGCUGAACAAGAAAUUACGGCUGAACUUCAAGAGAUUGCGAUGGAGGCUAAUACGUUCAAGGAAGGAUGGGGACAGACAAUUUUUAGUACGGCUGCACAAAUGUUGGAGCAUGAAAAGCAAAAGCAGAUGCAAACGGAUAUGAAGGCUAUGUUGGAGAUGGAGUCCACACGCAAGAAGAAUGAAGAGGAAAGAGAAGCUAGGGAAAAAAAGGAAAAUGAAAUCAAGGAUGGAGAGAAACGCUUAAAGGAAGCCAAGAAAGCUGAGGAGGAGUUAUUAAGAAUGGAAGAACAGGAAAAGAAGGCCUCCAAGAAAAAGUAGACACACACACACAAAUAUACAAUAAAAUGCCCCCCUUCUUUUCUUUAACCUUUUAGGAGUGUGCGUAACAAGUGUUUAUAGAAAUAGGGAGCCUUUUUUAUUUUGUACCAACUUUAAAAA